AUGAAUUUACUAUUUUUUUUUAAUAUAUAAAAUUAAAUUUAAUUAAUAUUUUAUUCAUAUAUAUACAAAAAAAAUGGAUAUUUGUUUUAUAGGAUUAAAUAAGUAAAAUAAAUAAAGAUUAAAAUAUUAUUAAAAAAUUAUAAUUUUUUUUAAAAUAGAUCAGGAAAAACAAGCAUAAUAAAAACAUUAACAACUAAAUGUUAACCUAAUUAAUCAGCAUAAUAAUAUGAAUAAACAUUAAAAAUAGAAAAAUCCGAAAUGAAGAUAGCAUCUAAUUAAAUAAACAUUUAUGAUUUUUAUGGAGGAUUUAAUAUAAAACAAGCUAUAGAAUAAGAAUUAGAAAUAUUAAAAAAUUGCAAAUCUAUUGUUUAUGUUAUAGAUGGAUAAUAAGAAUAAUUUGAUGAUGCAAUUAUUUAUUUUGAUAACUUUUUCCAAAUUUAAGAUUAAAUAAAUAAAAAUUGCAAUUACCAUUACUUCAUCCAUAAAAUUGAUAAUGAUGGAUUCGUAAGAUAAGAUUAAAAAUAAUGUAAAUAAAAUAUAUAUUAAUUUAAUUAAAUUAAAUUACUAUAGAAAUUAUGCAAACUGUUAAAACUUAGCUAAAUAAAUUAUCAUGAUUAAUCUCUAUCAGAAGCUUUUAGUAAAGUAAUUCAUAAAAUAAUUCCCUAAUUUACAUAUAUAACAUAAUUAUUGACAAAUCUUACUAGUAAAUCUAAAAUGGAAAAAGCAUUCUUAUUUGAUUAAGUUAAUAAACUUUAUAUAGCUACUGAUAGUGGACCUUUUGAUUAAAAUACUUAUUAAUUAUGUUAUGAAAUGAUUGAUGUUUAUUUGGAUAUUUCCUGCAUUUAUGAUCCUAAGGAAAAUAAUACUAUUGAAAGUUCGGAAGGAUGUUUACAAAUAAAAUUAUCUGAUAGUAAUGUUUUAUUAAUGAAAUCAUUUAAAGACCAUCUCGCUUUAAUAUGUAUUAUUAAAUAAGAGAAUUAUCAAAGACCAUAUAUUAUUGAUUAUAAUAUAGAUAUAUUUUAUAAAGGUAAUUUUUUUGGUUUUAUUUAAUUAUUAUAUAUAUCUAACUUUUUUCUUUUAGGUUUAGUUGAAAUGUUCGAAUAUACAAAUAAAAACAAAUGA